AUGGAGAACGAAAAAGAUAUACGAACUCCCCAUCAGGGUGAGGAAUAUAUCCAUAAAGACACCAACAGUGCUAGUAGCUUUGAUGAAAGCAAAAACAGCGGUGAAGUGAAACUCUAUGGUGGCGAUACUGCAUUGGCAAAUGCUCCUUGGAAAUACAAAAUUAUCGCUUUGACUACCGCACUCUUAUUUCCAUUUGGUUCGCAUUUUUCGCAAAGUGCUCUGUCUGCUAUGAAGAAACCAAUUGUUUCGCACUUGCAAAUCACCAACACUCAAUAUGGUGUCAUUUCUGCAUCCGUAUCUAUCAUUAAUACAAUCUUCCCUAUUGCUGGUGGUAUAUUUAUUGAUAUCUUCGGUUCUGUGUGGGGUACCCUUGCCAUCAACUCCAUGGUCAUCAUUGGUUCGCUACUUACUGCUAUUGCUGCGAAGUACAAUUCGUAUGCAUUAAUGGUCGUAGCGCGUGUCGUUUUUGGUAUUGGCAGUGGUCUCAUUGUUACCAUGCAAGAAUCCUUAUUGUCGAAAUGGUUCCGUACUCGCCAUUUAUCUAUCGCCAUCGGUCUUCAAUUGUCUAUCAGUCGUUUGUCUACUUUUCUCGGUACUCUGGUCGCUAAUUCUGUAGCCAAAGCCGCCGGAGAUUGGGUCUGGUCGUUUUGGCUUUCUUUUAUACUUUGCGCCUUUUCCAUCGCUAUGAAUUUGAUUUAUGCCCUCGUUGUCAAACAUCUGCAAGGACGAGUUCUUAUGUCGGCCGAAGAACGAGCUGCCUUGAAGAAAAAGAAAUCCUUCAAGUGGCGCUCUAUUUUCAAGUUCCCUGUUAUCUAUUGGCACAUUAUAACGAUUGAAUUUAUCUAUGCCGCGGUAUGGUCGUCUUUCCAAACCAUUGCUACUGAUUUAAUUAUCAAACAUUUUGGUUCUAGUGAUCAAUUAGCUGGAUACCAAGCAAGUGCUUCACAAGUGGUACCUAUUUUAGCCACUCCCAUCUUAGGUUUUGUAAUGGACUAUUUUGGUGGCCGUGUGAUAAUUUUACUUAUUUCUUCCAUCUUUUUAAUUCUAAGUUCGGCCUUACUUGGCUGGACCUACGUAAAUCCCGUGGUUGGUAUGGUCUUUUAUUCUAUUUCAUUGGCUUUUGGUCCUAUUUCUAUGAUUACCUCCAUUGGUAUGCUUCUACCUUCUGAAUACAAUGGCACCGGUUUGGGUUUGUAUAAGAGCUCGAACAAUGUUGGUACCGCUAUUCUGGACGUUGUUGUCGGUGUUGUGCAAGAUAACACAGCUGGCCAAUCUUAUACCAAAGUCAUGUUAGUGUUUAUCAUUUUAGCUGCUGUCGGCUUUAUCCUCAUUACUGCUCUCUGGUUCAAUCAAUUCUUCUUCUAUGAUAAUCUCUUGGAAGUCAAACGUGCGAAGCGUGUCAUACGUAUGCAAGAGAUCAAUGAUAAAGAGUUAGAAUUCACAUCAAAGGGCAUGGAUCCGUAUACGGAAACACCUAUUCGCAAAUUCAGUAUUCCUUUCAUUGUCACGUUCGGUGCUGCCAUGCUUACAGCCUGGGUCCUCUUCUUUGUCUAUUCUAUACAUGGCAAAGGCUAA